CACCCACCCACCCACAAGCUUCACGCUUCACUGGUGUUCGCAGAGAGCGCUAAACUGAGCUGCACUGCUCUCUGUCCAAAGCAACAGGACUGUAGCCUCUAUGAAAGGGUACAGGGGCACUUUCAACAGCGCAGCAGCUGCGGCACUUCAUCAAAGGAGAAGCAUUUCUCAGACAACAGGAGGAAGCUUUUAUUGUUCACGUUCUUCUUCACAGCUCCGGUUUCAUGGGAAAAUAUAUAUAUACCGUAUAUUUAUUUAUUUAAAAUUAAGUUUUCUGCAAAGUGACAUUAUGCCGGCUUUUCAUUUCUUUGGGUUUCCAGAGCUCACGAAAUUGACAGCCCACUCUUGCUUUGGAUUCGGUAUUUGACCUGCAACUUUUAAAAUUAAUCCAAUACUCAAAUCAAAACCCAAUAAACGCGAUCAUGGCAUUGGACAGUGCGCCGGUCAUAACCCGGCAGGUGCUUGUUUGGGUUGUGAUAGCUCAUCAUUUCAUUUCUGUCACUGCUUGUGACGAAGCCUUCUACAGCCACGCCAUAGAGGAGUACUGUCUGAGCAAGUUUAAAUUUGAUAUGGACGCUCUUGGGCAGCGCUACUGGUGUGAAUGGAAGGACACAGUUGGGUCCUACGGUGAGCUCACCAACUGCACGUUUCUGAUAGCUGAGAAGCUGGAGUGCUACUGGCCCAACCGGCUGGUGGAUGAGUUCUUCAUCGGCAUCCACAAGCUCUACUUCAGAAACUGCUCACUGUCCGGCCGCUCCCUCAGCGAUCCCCCCAACAGCGUCCUGGGUCCUUUCAUUGUGGUGCCCAUCCUGGUCACGCUGCUCGUGACGGCUCUGGUGGUGUGGCGCAGCAAACACAGCGAAGGGAUCAUAUAAGCAGCCUGCCCCGCCCCGCCCCGCCCAUCCACCUACCCAAUGACCCGCCAACCCACCAACUUCACAACUACCAGUACAGACACCAGAUUGAAUGGCUUGACAAGACCGUGACCCACAGAAGACACCUCCAGCUAGGGAGGAGAGAAGCGGGGGCAACCAUUUCUUAACCAAAUGGCACCCACCCUACCCUACCCUACCAGCAGCAGCAGCAGACUCAUCGACAGUGCCAUCCUAAAUUUGGGUGCAAAGGUUGCAAAGAUUAAAAAAUAUAUAUAUAUUGA